GGUCACACUGUUGCAGAUGCAAUGACGCUGACACUGACAUCGGACUUCGAUAUUUAUUAUGGACAAUAAUUAUGUAGGACAAACUGAAGAAAAAUCUAAAAUUGCAGCAAUACCAACAAGCACUGAAGAAAGUGCAGCAACACACAGCUCAGCAAUUGAAGCCAAGUCGUCAACGAUUAUAAUUGCAAAUUCUACAUCAUUUUGGAAGAACAGUGGCCGCGCAGUGCCCGGACGUCCGAGUCCAAAACGCGAUAUUCUUUACAAUACAAACAGUAAAAAUUGCGCUGCGGGUGCAGUGCAUCGUGAUCGUGGCAACGGUUUCGGCAUGGUAUCCACGUUUCGUGACUAUCAACAGUCGGUAAGCGAUGCCUGGGAUACGGGUGAUGACGAGUUUUGCAUUAUAAACAGCACCGAAGCUGCUGCUUCAGAAGCUGGAGAUGCAGCGAGCAUAUCGCGUCAAGUUUCACAGUCGGUGGCGCUUAAUGUGAUUGAGACGCAUUCGCGCAUCAAUCAAAACCACGUCACAAAUCAUGAGGCCAGUGAUGGUAGUCAUAGCAAUAAUGACCAAUUAACAGCAGCCGGUGGCAGCAUAGUCGAAGAUAUCAACAAGGAAGAAGAACGUAGAUCUUCUCAAGACACAAAUGAAAACAGAUCUCGUUUGCGGAACUAUCCUGGACGACCACAGCUGCAAAAAAUCAGCUCCAAUUCGCAGGACGGUGAAUAUGAGACGAAAAUUGAGAAGUUUCAACUGUUGCUCAACUCGCCACAACUCGAUUUGGUAGCACUCAAGAAGCUCAGCUGGUCAGGUGUGCCUCGAAAGAUGCGCGCAGUAAGCUGGCGUUUAUUGUCGAAAUAUUUACCCCCAUCUGGCGAGCGUCGAAAUGCUGUGCUUGAGAGCAAGCGGCAAGGGUAUCAGGACUUGAGACAUAACUACUUCAGGGUGGACAGUCAGGACGAGACGCAGCAGGACACCUAUCGCCAGAUACAUAUCGAUGUGCCUCGCAUGAAUCCACAAAUACCACUCUUCCAGCAACAGCUUGUACAGGAAAUGUUCGAGCGGGUCCUCUUCAUUUGGGCCAUACGACAUCCAGCGUCUGGUUAUGUGCAGGGCAUCAAUGAUUUGGUUACGCCUUUCUUCAUUGUCUUUCUGCAGGAGGUGCUGUCACCCAACACAGAUCUAGAGAAAUACAACAUGUCACAGCUGCCAGAGGAGACUCGUAACAUUAUUGAAGCUGAUUCGUUUUGGUGUUUGUCCAAGUUUUUGGACUGCAUACAAGAUAACUAUAUAUUUGCACAACUCGGCAUACAAGAGAAGGUUAAUCAGCUCAAGGAUCUAAUACAACGCAUAGAUGUCAAUCUACAUCGUCAUUUGCAGACACAUGGCGUUGACUAUUUGCAAUUCUCAUUCCGUUGGAUGAACAAUUUACUAACACGCGAACUGCCCCUGCAUUGCACAAUCCGAUUGUGGGAUACAUAUCUGGCUGAAUCAGAUGGAUUUGCGCUUUUCCAUUUGUACGUGUGUGCGGCAUUUUUGUUGCACUGGAAAGACCAAUUGAUGCAACAGAAUGAUUUCCAGGGUCUCAUGUUGCUGCUACAAAAUCUGCCAACCCAUAAUUGGUCUGAUCGCCAAAUCAAUGUACUACUCGCUGAGGCGUUCCGCUUGAAGUUUACCUAUGCAGACGCUCCCAAGCAUCUGGAGAUGAAGAGUUGACACAAGAGCUGACAAAAAUGAUACAUAAACAAUACGUAACAUAUAAAUUAAUUUACUAUUGUGCGGUCUAAACAUAUACAUAAACAUAAACGCAUAUAUAUAUUAUAUUAUA